AUGUCCUUCUUCCAAGGAGACUCCCGCCCCGGAGAGCAGCCUGCGCCGCCCCCACGAGCCCUCACCCCCGUCGAGAUCGGAGUCAUCAUCGGCACCAUCACCGUCUUCAUCGCCGCCAUCGCCUCGCUCUUCUUCUACCGUAGUAGGAAGGCCAAGAAACACAGUGUCGAGAAUGGGGAAUCGCCGUAUGAUGGAAACCCGCAACCGGAUUCGGGCCAAAACAAAAGUGAUGAUGCAUCAUCGCGAGGAGAAGAGACGGUAGACCGCGAUGCGAUACCGCCCUCGACAAGGAAAAAGAGAAUCUGGAACGAGUUCGGGACUGUGAAAGCAUAUGAGCCUGAUGUCGAAAGAGGAGAAGCGUACGAGAUGCGGGAUCGUGCCCAACGCUAA